AAAAAUCAUUCGUCUUAUCGUCUGAAAAGAAAAACCAGAAAAAGAUCCAAAGCCUCCACUAUAAAACAACAUCACUUCGCACAAACCGAACUCACCUGUACCUUUUAACCGCUAAUAUCCUCUUUACAGAUUUCUCUUCUAAAUGCCUCCACACGAUGACGAACAGCAACAAUUGCUAGCCAACCGAUUACUCGAUUCCAACGAGGAAGAAACAGCGUAUGACUACUCCGACAAAGUUCAUAUCAUCGGAGUCGACGAACACGACGGUGAAGAUUUCACCGAAGCUCCUCCUUUUUCUUGGAAAAAGCUAUGGCUUUUUACUGGGCCGGGUUUUUUAAUGAGCAUAGCGUUUUUGGAUCCGGGAAACCUUGAAGGAGAUCUUCAGGCGGGUGCAAUCGCUGGGUACUCUCUGUUAUGGCUACUCUUUUGGGCUACGGCUAUUGGGCUACUUGUUCAGCUUUUAUCGGCUCGUUUGGGAGUGGCCACCUCUAGACAUUUGGCUGAGUUGUGUAGGGAUGAAUAUCCUACAUGGGCUAGGUUGCUUUUAUGGAUCAUGGCUGAAUUGGCUUUAAUUGGGGCUGAUAUUCAAGAGGUUAUUGGCAGUGCUAUUGCUAUAAAGAUUUUGAGUCGAGGAUUCUUGCCUCUCUGGUCUGGUGUUGUCAUUACCGCUCUUGAUUGCUUUAUAUUCUUAUUUCUUGAGAACUAUGGUGUGCGAAAGCUGGAAGCACUCUUUGCCGUCCUUAUUGCAGUUAUGGCAGUCUCAUUUGCAUGGAUGUUUGGAGAAACAAAACCUAAUGGAGUUGAACUUCUUGUUGGUAUUGUGGUUCCAAAACUGAGCUCCAAGACAAUAAAGCAGGCAGUGGGAAUUGUAGGGUGUGUUAUCAUGCCUCACAAUGUGUUUCUACAUUCUGCUCUAGUGCAGUCCAGAGAGAUUGACCACCAUAGGGUUGGAAGAGUUCGAGAAGCACUCAAAUACUACUCCAUAGAGUCGACAGCUGCUUUGGCAAUUUCAUUCAUUAUCAAUCUGUUUGUCACAACAGUGUUCGCAAAGUCAUUUUAUGGUAGUGAAAUAGCCAAUAGCAUUGGCCUAGAAAAUGCAGGUCAAUACCUUCAGGAAAAGUAUGGCGGAGGAGUGUUCCCCAUCCUUUAUAUCUGGGCUAUUGGAUUGUUGGCUGCUGGACAGAGUAGCACUAUAACUGGCACUUAUGCUGGGCAAUUUAUUAUGGGAGGUUUUCUGCACAUGAGGUUGAAAAAAUGGCAGAGAGCGUUAAUAACAAGAAGUUGUGCUAUCAUCCCAACUCUGAUCGUUGCUCUUGCUUUUGACACCUCUGAGAAGUCAUUAGAUGUUCUCAACGAGUGGCUUAAUGUUCUUCAGUCUGUUCAAAUCCCUUUUGCCCUGAUCCCCCUUCUUUGUCUUGUAUCCAAAGAAGAAAUCAUGGGUGUUUUCAAAAUUGGCUCUACUCUAAAGGUGAUAUCAUGGCUUGUGGCUGCGCUGGUGAUACUGAUUAAUGGCUAUCUUUUGAUGGACUCCUUAUCUUCUGCAGUCAGUGGGGUGUUGUUUACAUCUGUUGUAUUUGCAUUUACGGGUGGAUACGUUGCUUUUAUUGUAUACCUCAUUUUACGGGGAAUUACCUUCCCCAAUUGGUUUGUAAAAAACAAGAGUAUCACCAGCAUAGAGAAUUGAUAAUGUUAUUAGCAGAAAGCUGAGAUCACGUUGUUUGUGCCCUUUUAGUCUGAGCUUCAAUAUUAGGUUCUACUAGGUGUGAGGAGCAAUUGGAUAUAUCUGUAUCAUUGAUCAAUGGUUACAUUUUACCUUCUAACAAGGAAAAUCAAUAGCACAUUUUAGUACGUCUCGGCUUAGACUACUAUGUUGUGUGUGUUGGAGUUCAUCAGCAGAGCGUCCUGUAAUUACAUUUCAUGCUUUAGUGGAUUUGGUCACUGAUGAAUAAAGAUGAGGAAACUUUGGUCAAUGACGCAAAAAGAGAAGGGUAACAAAAAACAUGUGGAGUAAAUGAAUUGCUGGAGAGGCUUAGUUUGCAAUUGGGCUGUUAAAUUUACCUACAAAAUUGUAUUCAUUUGUGAGGCAACUUAGCUUGUUUAUAAAUGAUGCACAACAAAACUUAGUGAAAAAGAGAAUUAUCUUUGUGUA